AGUGUUUUGUCCGCCGUAUAAAAGAGCAUGAACUCUGCUUCUCUUCCUCUUUACUAAGCGAGCCUGGGCGAGACAGGCGCUAUAAGCCACCAUGCCCGUUGCCAGAAGUUGGGUUUGUCGUAAGACAUACGUCACCCCUCGCCGUCCCUUCGAGAAGUCCCGUCUCGACCAGGAGUUAAAACUCAUUGGCGAGUAUGGUCUGAGGAACAAGCGUGAGGUGUGGAGGGUCAAGUUUACCCUGGCUAAGAUCCGUAAAGCUGCCAGAGAGCUGCUCACUCUGGACGAGAAGGACCCCAAACGUCUGUUUGAAGGUAAUGCUUUGCUCAGGCGUCUGGUGAGGAUCGGUGUGCUGGAUGAGGGUAAGAUGAAGCUCGAUUACAUCCUGGGUCUGAAGGUUGAGGAUUUCUUGGAGAGGAGGCUGCAGACUCAAGUCUUCAAGCUCGGACUUGCCAAGAGCAUCCACCACGCUCGUGUCCUGAUUCGCCAGAGGCACAUUCGUGUGCGCAAGCAGGUAGUGAACAUCCCCUCCUUUGUGGUUCGCCUGGACAGCCAGAAGCACAUCGACUUCUCUCUGAGGUCCCCGUACGGCGGAGGACGCCCUGGCCGCGUCAAGAGAAAGAAUGCCAAGAAGGGUCAGGGUGGAGCUGGAGGAGCUGAUGAUGAGGAGGAAGAUUAAAAAGGAUUUAUUCCAGGAAGUGUUUUGUUUACUUCCUGUUCUGUUAAAUUCCUAAUAAAAAAUAUUUGGUUUGACCAAAGAACUGCAUUGCA